AUUCGACGUCGCAGAGGGGAUUCAAUUAGCGAACAAGAUCAUGGUCCAGUUGCUUGAGACCGUCUCGGCGGGUCUCAGAGAACCAAGUUUCUAAAGCCAAAUCGUCACGGGCUCAUGGCACUACCUGCUGUAGUCGUUGAAUAGCGCUUUCGAAUGAUUAACGACUUUCAAAACGCGCGAAAGUGAUUGAUAACAGUCGCAGCAGUGGAUGACCCCAAGGAUGUUUCCACUUGGGAAACUUUGUGGGAAGACAUGGCAUGAAUACGCGAGCCUUUCAGAUCAGCUUUGGAGUGGACGCCCGGAGAUAGCGCCUGCUGUCUCGAUGAAAUGAAAUACUGGCUACCAAGCCCAUCGGAAACGCACGAUAGCAGAGUUACACUUGCUAGAGAUGCUGCUCAUCCUAUGUUGCCAUGCAAGUCUGGUCUUGAUCACAAACUCAACAUCCGCCCCUCGUUGCACUACAUCGCCAUUUGCUCCUGUGACAUUCAGUCCGGGGACAAGGAUUGCAACAUGCCAUUAUCGAUGUGCAGAAGUACCAUCGGACUCACGCAAUUAAGGGGUACCGACAGCACGAUUAACCGGGAGGAGAUCGUGUCAGCUUACGGACUUGAUGUGGUCGAGAGGGGCUGUAAAGCAGUUGUGCAAUCCCUGAAAGAGGCUGGAAAUUCGCUGGAUAUCAAUACUGUUGGCCAAACAGUUGUGGCUACUCAGGGGCAUGGCAUAUCCGUGUGAACAGGCAGUAGCUUAUGCGUCAGAUGAAGAAAUAGCC